GAAAAAGAAGAAGCUCACGCUUUCCAUCAUGGCUGCUAUCGGCAUCCACUUCGGCCAUACCUGCGCCUGUGUGGCGAUUUUUAAGGAUGGUCGUGCUGAUGUGGUGGCUAAUGAUGCAGGAGACCGGGUGACCCCAGCUGUGGUGGGCUACAGGGACUCUGAGCAGAUUGUAGGUAUAGCAGCAAAGCAGGGUCAGGUCCGUAACGCUGCCAACACUGUGGUUAAAGUCAAACAAGUCCUGGGGAGGAGAUUAUUCAGAAAGAAGACAAACCUUAUUAUGAGAUUACAUGUGGAGAGCAGACACAGCAUGUUGCACCAGAGGAUGUUGCAAAACAAAUCUUCAACAAAAUGAAAGAAACGGCUCAGUCAGCUCUUGGCUCUGAUGUCACAGACACAGUUAUUACUGUUCCCUUUGAGUUUGCACACAGUCAGAAGUGUGCUCUGAGGGAGGCAGCUGAAGCAGCAGGGUUCAAUGUCCUGAGGAUGAUUCAUGAGCCUUCUGCUGCUCUGCUGGCCUAUAACAUCGGACAGGACUCUUCCUCUGGAAAGAGAAGCUUUAAACACGAUGUGAGCGGGAACCCUCGGGCGUUACUGAAACUGAUGAACAGUGCAGACAUGGUGAAGCACUCUCUGUCCUCUCUGGGAUCGGCCAACUGCUUCGUCGACUCUCUGCACGAGGGCGUUGACUUUGAAUGCACCGUCUCCAGAGCUCGCUUUGAGCUGCUCUGCUCCUCGCUCUUCAACAAAAGCAUCCAGCCAAUCAGGUCGCUGCUCAGUGAGGCCGGCUUGUCUGCCAGUGACAUAAACAAGGUGGUCCUCUGCGGCGGCUCAGCCAGGAUCCCUCGCCUCCAGCACCUGAUCCAGGACCUGUUUCCUGACGUGGAGCUUCUGAACUCUUUUCCUCCAGACGAGCUCAUCGCUGUCGGAGCAGCCAUAGAAGCUGGUUUACUGGUUGGGAGAGACCACCUCGGUCCAGAGGACGAGUCUGUUGAAGUGGACGUUUCUGCAGCUGAUAUACUAUUGAAGGAGCUGGAUGAGUCUGGAGCUGAGGCCUUCACCGUUCUCCUACCUUCAGGGACGCCCCUUCCUGCCCGCAGGCAUCACGUCUUAUCUGGAGAGGGAAAACUGUCCUCCUUUUGUUUGGAGAUUUACCAGAGAUUUAUGGAAGAGCAGCCAGAACAGCUUUCCAAGAUUAUCCUAAGAGACCUGCAGCCCAAAGAGGAGAAGCACAACAUAGAUGCUGUGGUGACCAUGAAAAGGGAUGGCUCUCUUCAUGUUUCAUGUGCAGCACAGAGCAAUGGAAAGUCUGAGGCCAUCACCAUCACAGCAGCCUCAUGAAGGUCUACAGUUUCUGUUCUACGUUUGUUUCAUGUUUCCAUCCUGUUCUGAAACCAAUCAAAGUCAAAAAAAUGAUGAUGUCCUGCAGUCAAUAUAAAGUUAUUUUCUAAAAUGUU